GCAUGCGCAGGGAGAGUCCAAUUUUACACGUGUGUACAUGGUGGAUGGGCCGGAAUUCUGGGAGAGAUAAGUGACCGAAGAAAUAACGACAUCAGUAAUACGUGAUUAUCAUGGAGGGAAAAAGUAAAAAGCAGUUCAAAUCCAAAAAGACACCUCAGACUACAUCUCCCAAGAGUACUACUUUUAAGAAAAAAGCAUUUGGCUCCCCCAAAAAUAAUGGCAAAAAUACUGGAUGGAGUCCAAAGGGAAAUACCAAAGUAAAUAAAUUUGAAAAGGGUAAGAAAAUGGCUACCCAAAAGGGAGGUAAAGCUGGUGUGAAGCAAUUUGCGUCCAAGAAGGCAAACCAGGGAGAUGGCUUUACGAAGAAGAGGAAACAUUCAGCAGAGGAACAGGAAGGCAGUUCUGAAGCAAAGAAGCCGAAAAGGGAAGACGUCAAAAAAAAGAGGAAGGAGUUGAAGCAGACCAGGCAGCUCAAUGACAAGAGUAACUAUGAUGUCAUGACAAAAUCCAAGCACAUUUGGGAAUCAAUUAGGAGAAAGGACUGUGAUGUCACAAAGAGAGUCAAGUUAAUGGACGAGCUUGAGAAGCUCCUUCGGGGGAACGUUAAAAGUGUUGCAUUUGCCCAUGAUACAACCAGGGUCAUCCAGUGUUACAUAAAACAUGCUAAUGAAAAAAGAAGGCAAGAUGUUUUUGAUGAGCUUAAAGAGCACGUAGUGGACUUGAGCAAGUCAAAGUAUGCCAGAAAUAUUGUGAGGAAAUUCCUAAUGUAUGGGUCAAAAUCCCAAGUGGCUGAAAUAAUUAAAAGCUUUAAAGGACAGGUGAAGAAAUUGUUGAGGCAUUCAGAGGCUUCAUACAUUAUUGAAUAUGCAUACAAUCACAAAGCCAUUUUAGAGCAGAGGAACAUGCUAUGUGAAGAGCUCUAUGGAAAUACAUUCCGUUUCUACAAGUCUGCAGUUCAUCCUUCUUUAGAUAAAGUAUUGGAGGUGCAACCUCAGAAGCAAGAAUCUAUCCUUGGGGAAAUGAAACAGAUCCUUGUACCACUGGCACAAAAGGAGGCUGUAAUCAAGCAUUCUUUGGUGCAUAAAGUUUUCCUGGACUUUUUUUGCCAUGCAACCCCAAAGAUAAGAUCGGAAAUGAUUGAAGCAAUCAGAGAAGCUGUAAUAUACAUGAUCCACACACAUGAUGGUGCGAGAGUGGGCAUGCACUGCAUAUGGCAUGGAACACCUAAGGACAGAAAAGUAUUUACAAAAACCACGAAGACAUAUGUUGAAAAAUUGGCCACGGGAGAAUUUUCUCAUCUGGUCUUGCUGGCAAUGUUUGAUUGUAUUGAUGAUACUAAGCUUGUGAAGCAGUUAAUCAUUUCUGUGAGUAUUUGCCUGUCACUUACAAGCGUGCU